UCCGGGGACCGCGAUGGGAAGGAAGGGGGAGGCUGAGCCUCUUUUCCCGGGAGCGUCCGGCAGUUUUGCUGCCCCUGUUUGUCUUGUGAACGUCGCCUUCCCGUUGCAUUUGCGCCGCUGUUAGCUUCCCAGGCGCGGCCGCAGCAAGAAUCGUCUAUACUCGGGACGCGUGUGUGGGGGCGUGUCCUGUGUAGUCUGUUUUUUUCGACCUCAGCCCCUGCAGCCUGGCCCUGAGAAGGGGGCUCCUGGUGACGGCGAUCCAGAAGUGUAGAAGAGCUGGGCCUGGUUCCUGGCCCCGAGGGGGCUCCGCAGCCCAGGAGGAAGCCUCACGAUAACGCCUGGGAUGGUGGAGACCAAGGACUCGGUGCAGCUCCGGCAGCUCAAUCUGGUGCUCCUGAGGCAGCUGUGGGUCGGGCAAGAUGCUGUGCGGCGGUCGGUGGCCAAGGCAGCCUCAGGGUCAACCCGGGACUCCAGCAGCAGCUGUGACUCCCAGACUCCAUCGUCCCAGGAGACGUCCUCGGUGGCCCCGAGAGCCUCCAGCCUUCAGGGUGCCCACCAGGGUGGCCCCUGUGAUAUGUCCUGGGCUGGUGGGGCCAGCUCUGGAGUGAUGUCUCUCCCACCUGCCGCAUACCGACGCCGGCCGUCCCUGGGUUCACUGAGGCCCUGCUCGGCACCCUUACUGGCCAUCUCAGACCCGGAUGGCACAGAGCUUUCAGGAGAGCCGGACAGGCCGGGGCCUCAGGAGGCCCAGGCCCAGAGGUCCAUCCUGGAUCAACAAAGCAGGCCGUCCAAGCCAAGAGUGACCUUCGGUGAUGAGUCUUCAGUGCCUGGCAGGAGCUGGCGCCUCAGACCAUACUUGGGCUACGACUGGAUCGCAGGGUCUCUGGACAACACCUCACCCAUCACCAGCAAGCCCGAGGCCUUCUUCUUGAAGCUGCAGGAUUUCCGGGAAGCCAACAAGGAGGAGUGUAUUCACAGUGACCCCGAACCCCGGUCCCUCAGCCUCCGGGAGAGCAGCAGGGUGGACCAAGACCACGAAUGCGUGUACUGUUACCGCGUCAACCGGCGCCUGUUUCUGGUGCCUUCGGAUCCUGGCUCCCCCUGCCGCCUGUGCAGGACACCUCGGGACCAGCGGGGCCCCGAGACCCUGGUGGAGCCCGCGCAGGUCAGGGUGAGCAUCCCGCUGUCUGUCCUGGACCCUCCGCACCGGCACCGCGUCCACCGACGGAAGAGCUUCGAUGCUUCUGACACGCUGGCCCUGCCCCGGCACUGCCUGAUGGGCUGGGACAUUCUCCCUCCGAAGCCCGAGAAAAGCUCAGCCCCCAAGAGCCUGGACCUUUGGUCCUGUGUCUCCUCCGAGGCCCAGCACCGGAAGCUGUCAGCUGCCCGCCUGGCCCAGCCAACACGAGUCCCACCCUCCACCCCAUCCCGGUCACAACUCCAGCCUCGCGUGCCUUGGCCGAAGCCCUGAGGACUGGCCACCCGGAGGAGGACAGAGCCCCUGCCAUCCCCCCUAACCCCUCUCCUCUGGCAGGGCACCCACCAGAGGGGAGCCCUGCCUGGCUUCAGCUGGAGGUGAACGUAGUCCCCACCCUCUUGGGUUGGGCAGGUGGAUGGGCUCAGGCCCUUCUCCUUCCUGGAGACAGAGGUGGGGACUCCAGGGUUGGGGGGCGCGGGUGAAAGAGGAUGGGGUGACAUGUUUGUAAAUAAAGCUCAGUGCCGUCUGCAGCACCAGAUUUCCCACAUGUGCUGGGUCUGCCCUGCUGAUGCCCUCAGUGCCCAGGAGGUGCUCUGGCGGCAGCCUGUUCCCUUGCCUGGGGAAAGACACGUCUGACAACCUGUACUGGGCCGAGGGGAUCCAGUGCCCUGAGUUUGGUUCUCUGUGCAGCUUCCAACUCUGGGUAGAUGGCCUCCCGAGUGGGAAGGAGGCGCUCUGGGCCCCAGACUGUCUCCCGUGGAUGAGGCUGAAGCUGUGGACCAUGAGUGAGUUCUCCCCUUCCUGGUCUCUGAAGCUGGGGUCCGUUGACAGAGGGCUUCUCUUAAAGUCCCUGGGCCAGUGGCUCCUCGACUGCUCUCCCCAGCCCAGCCCGAGAAGCCACAGGGGACCCAGAGCUGCCGCAGGGACAGUUGGGGAAGCCGAGAGCCAGGCAGGGCUGGCAGUGAGUACAGAUAUCCCCCCCCACCUCGUGGAUUAACAGCCAGUGUCUGUCUUCCCCCCAUAGGUUGAACGAUAUAAAAUUCCUGGUUUUGUAAGAUGAACAUGAAAUAAAAGGGGAACUGAAGCCCCAAGGAGGCA